GGUGAUUUUUGUGGCCCCAACGAAAAAAAUGCUACCCUUUGUUAGCAGAAGUGGAGAAAAAUAUUUUCUUCAUUAAGGUUAUCUUAAUCGAUCAGUCAUUUUCCAGUCGAUUAUUUAGUACUUAAUAGCCAAAGUACAAUUAGUUAAUUGUAUUUUUUUUUGACAGUUUAACUUCUCUAGCUGUUAGUUAGCAGGUUAGCUGCCCAGACAACAGCCGCAGCCUGGGAGAGGAUGUCUCUUCACGGUAAAAGAAAAGAAAUCUAUAAAUACGAAGCGCCAUGGACGGUUUAUGCCAUGAACUGGAGCGUCCGCCCGGACAAACGCUUUCGGCUGGCCCUGGGGAGCUUUGUGGAGGAAUACAACAACAAGGUUCAGCUGGUUGGUCUAGAAGAAGAGAGCUCAGAGUUUGUCUGCAGGAACACAUUUGAUCAUCCUUACCCAACCACCAAGAUCAUGUGGAUUCCAGACACCAAAGGAGUUUACCCGGACCUGUUAGCCACAAGCGGGGACUACCUGCGCAUAUGGAGGGUCAGUGACACAGAAACACGCCUCGAAUGUCUGCUGAACAACAACAAGAACUCAGACUUCUGUGCUCCCCUCACCUCCUUUGAUUGGAAUGAAGUUGAUCCCAAUCUGUUGGGAACAUCCAGCAUCGACACCACCUGUACCAUUUGGGGGUUAGAGACAGGUCAGGUGUUGGGACGAGUUAACUUGGUUUCUGGUCACGUGAAGACUCAGCUGAUUGCCCACGACAAAGAGGUUUACGACAUUGCUUUCAGCCGCGCAGGAGGAGGCCGAGACAUGUUCGCCUCUGUUGGCGCUGAUGGAUCCGUCCGCAUGUUUGACCUCCGACAUUUAGAGCACAGCACCAUCAUCUAUGAAGACCCUCAGCACCACCCGCUGCUUCGCCUCUGCUGGAACAAACAGGAUCCCAACUACCUGGCUACGAUGGCCAUGGAUGGGAUGGAGGUGGUGAUUCUGGACGUUCGUGUGCCAUGCACUCCUGUGGCCCGGCUCAACAACCAUCGCGCCUGCGUUAACGGGAUUGCCUGGGCUCCUCACUCCUCAUGUCACAUCUGCACCGCAGCCGACGACCAUCAGGCUCUGAUCUGGGACAUCCAGCAGAUGCCUCGCGCCAUCGAGGACCCCAUCCUGGCCUACACGGCUGAAGGCGAGAUCAACAACGUUCAGUGGGCCUCCACGCAGCCAGACUGGAUCGCUAUCUGCUACAACAACUGCCUGGAGAUCCUUCGUGUCUAAAGCCGUAGAAAACGAGUCUCACGUUUCACAUCUGAACUUUUCCCAGCCCUCGUCCUCCGGCUUUCAGGGCGAGGCCUCUUGUGAACUUUCUGGACUCGCCGGAGUAUCAUGAAGUUGGUUUACAUUUAUCUGCUCUUCUUAUAAACACAUUUAAGCUCUUAUUUAUUUUGCGCAGCAGCUGUAGGAAGUGUCAAUGUUUUUGUUGAGGUUUUUUAAUACACCUCAGCCAGCUGUAAGAUGAUCUGAGCCCUUUAGAUCUCAAGCAUUUCAUCUCUUUAGUUCGGGGUUGAUACAAACUGCUCUAGGUGGCAGAUAAUAAUAUGUAGGAUUAACUCGUAGCCUUCUUGUGGAUGCGUACCAUAUUAUUGGUGAAUCAAGCAUCUGUACAGUAUCUUAUAGUCUUGUUUACCUUAUGUGGGAGUUUAAGAUGUUAAAUGGUCAUCUUGGUUGAUGUGCUACAGACACUGAUGCAGUGGACACUUGGUCUACCAGAGCAAAGUUGGCUCCCUGGAUAUCCUAUUUGUUGAAGUUUAUUCUUAGAAAAUGUUGCGUUUUUCUUAAGUUAGAGGGGUUUGAAAUGAGUGACACAGCUUUCUGCUUCUCUCUUUUGUGUCUUCAGUCUCGUCCUUGUAGCAUGCCAUUGCAAGGCCAAAUGUACAUAUAUAUAAAUAUAUCAAACUCAAGAUGUUGGUAAGCCAAGUGUUCAUGUUGUAGUGUUUUUUUCAUAAAGUUUAAUAUUGAAUUUGCUCUAAUAAAUUGUAACCU